AUGAGUGUGUCAAACCCAAACUUCAGACUAGUUCCCGCUUGGGUCGACCUUUGCCCCGAAAAUGUUGCGACAAUCAUAACAUUCGCAAGACGGAAGAAGAAUAAAAAUGUUGGUGAAGAAAUCGAAGUGGAUGAGUAUGGCAGAAUAUGGUUUGGAGAAUCUAUGAAAGAAACCGCGAAAAGGAAACAAUCUUUCAUGAGGCGACGAUCUAUUGAACCUGUAGAAGCCGGCGGGAUUAAAUUAACCCCGUAA